CAGCCGCGUCUCCCCAGCAACCGGGCUGGCAAGUCAGGGCUGCGCCUCCUCCCUCCGUCCCUCCCUUCCUCUGCCCGUCCGUGAGGGUCGCUAUCCCCCUCGGCCCGGCCGGCCACGGCCAGGGGGGUUGCCCGCUCCCCACGCCCCGUCCUCCAGGCCGGGGCUCGGGGUGUGUGCACGGGAGUGGGGGGGGAGAUUCUUUAUUGGCCUCGUUCUCCCCCCCCUCCGCCUUCUCCUCCACACUCCACCCAGAAAUGAUCCAGUGAAACUAGGAGGAGGUGAUUCUCCUCCUCCCUCCUGCUGCUGCUCCUGCUGGUCUGGAAGGGACUGCAGGAAUCUCUGCCGUGCCCUGCUCUGAGGCAGGGGCUGGGGAGGGGGCAGAGGGGGCUGCUGUGGCUCGGGCUGCGGCUCCCCCGGCGGGGUGCGCGGGGGCUGCUCUGUUCCCGACCAUGGGCAAGGACCAGGAGCUGCUGGAAGCUGCUCGCACUGGGAAUGUGGCUCUGGUGGAGAAACUCCUCUCUGGGAGGAAAGGAGGGAUCCUGGGCAGUGGAUCUGGAGCUAUUCCCUUAUCCAGCUUGCUGAGCAUCUGGCGAGGACCAAAUAUAAACUGCACAGACAGUUCAGGUUAUACUGCUUUACAUCAUGCAGCUUUAAACGGACACAAGGAUAUAGUUCUCAAAUUACUUCAGUAUGAAGCAUCAACUAAUGUAGCAGAUAACAAAGGUUAUUUUCCUAUUCACUUGGCUGCUUGGAGAGGAGAUGUAGACAUUGUGAAGAUCCUCAUCCGUCAUGGGCCAUCACACUCCAGAGUGAAUGAACAGAACAAUGAAAAUGAAACAGCACUGCAUUGUGCGGCUCAAUAUGGUCAUUCAGAAGUAGUUGCUGUUCUGUUAGAAGAGCUAACAGACCCUACAAUAAGGAACAACAAACUAGAAACACCUCUGGAUCUGGCAGCGCUUUAUGGACGUCUGCGUGUUGUAAAAAUGAUCAUCAAGGCAUAUCCAAACCUGAUGAACUGCAAUACAAGAAAACACACUCCUUUGCAUCUUGCUGCACGUAAUGGCCACAAAGCUGUUGUACAGGUGCUUCUGGAGGCUGGAAUGGAUGUCAGCUGCCAAACAGAAAAAGGGAGUGCACUACAUGAAGCAGCCCUGUUUGGAAAGGUGGAGGUAGUACGCGUUUUGCUUGAAACAGGAAUUGAUACCAACAUAAAGGACAGUUUGGGUAGAACAGUUUUAGAUAUUCUUAAAGAACAUCCAUCCCAGCAGUCACUCCAAAUUGCAGCUCUACUUCAAGAAUAUAUGGAAACAGGAAAUGCAAGUAUUUCAGAGGAACGCCCACUGGAAUGCGCAGAACAUCAGUCUUGCAUUUUGUCCCCAGAAGUUCCUCCGUCUCCAAAGGCUAAAAGUGAAGCUGUGACUGGAGAAUUGUCAAAGCUCUUAGAUGAAAUCAAAUUGUGCCAAGAAAAGGAGUACUCUUUUGAAGAUCUGUCUCAUACAAUAUCAGACCAUUAUCUGGACAAUUUUAGUAAAGUAUCAGAGGAAGAACUUAUGACCAGUGGAAGCCAAACCAAGCUUAAUGUAAGGCCUUCUUCAGCAUGUUUAUCAGCAAGAGAGGAAGAAGAAGAUGAUGCAGGCGAAAAUACUUGUGGUCCUUCAGGUUUAUGGGAGGCAUUGACACCUUGUAAUGGAUGCAGGAACCUCGGAUUUCCCAUGCUUGCACAGGAAUCUUAUUCAAAGAAGAGAGGUUAUGCAUUGGAAGCAAUACCCUCUGUACCUCUGGAUGCAGUUCCUUCAGAAAAUGACAGCAGUCUUUGUGAUUUGAUAGACAUAGCAGUGACCAAAAAACCAUGUUCCCUAGAGAUAGCAAGAGUUCCUUCCUCAAGACCAGAUAAUGCACCUCAGGUAGCAAUUACCGCACCAGGAUCUGGUAACCAUAGAAACAGCUCUACAGGCCCAACACCUGACUGCUCUCCUCCAUCACCAGACACUGCACUUAAAAACAUAGUGAAAGUUAUUCGUCCUCAGCCCAAGCAGCGCACAUCAAUAGUAUCUUCUCUGGAAUUUCACCGAAUGAAUCACAGCCACAAUUAUUUUGAAAUCAACUCAUCCAUUGGCUGUACAAGUUUUAUUUCUACUCCUGCAAUCAGUCCAGCUAACUACUCCUUUGGAUCUCUGGAACACAGUGUUGAAGAGAGAGAAGUUCCAGAGCGUCUUUGCCAGGGAGAAACAUCCACUGAAAGCGAGCUUCCUGAAGGACAUCCCGCUGAACAGUUUGCAGGUUUACUUCAUGGCUCAUCACCUGCCUGUGACCCACCUGAUAACCCGCUCCAGCUGUACAGCAAAACAAACCAGUGCAGUGGCCCACUGGAAAAAAGCCUUUUGAGCAAGAGCACAGUGCAGCAGAUACAGACAUGGAAAGAAAGCAACGCUGAUCCUCCUGUUAAGAAAAAAAAGCCACCAGUUGUAAACCGAACCAUAUUUCAUACUAAAACUAAACCAGUAGAAAACCAUACAUUGGUUGGCACAUCAGCAAGGAUAAGUGAACAGUGGGUUAUUACGACUGGGGGAUUUGUGGAGCGAGCGUGCACGCUUGGGAGAAUACGAUCUUUACCAAAGGCUUUGCUUGAAAUGCAUUUGUGCAAAAAUGUUUCGAAGUCUGAUUCCAAUCUUAUCACACAUCCACCAAAUGACAAAAAAGCAAAAAGCAACUGGAGUGAACCCACACCAAGUCAACAGUGCUCCAAAGGGAAUUCGGAGAGAACACCUUCCUUCACAUCAGAAUGGGAAGAAAUUGAUAAAAUCAUGAGUUCAAUAGAUGCUGGAAUUACUACUGGACUGGGAGAGAUGAACGAUCACACUACAAGACCCCGAUGCCCUGUCCAGACAGUGGGACAAUGGUUGGAAAAUAUUGGGCUACCUCAGUAUGAAAACCACUUGCUGGCUAAUGGAUUUGACAAUGUGCAAUUUAUGGGAAGCAAUGUAAUGGAGGACCAGGAUCUCCUGGAAAUAGGAAUCCUUAACUCUGGACACAGACAGAGAAUACUCCAAGCAAUCCAGCUUCUCCCAAAGAUGAAGCAGAUUGGUCACGAUGGCUACAACCCCAGCUCUGUAGCUGAAUGGCUGGAUUCCAUUGAAUUGGGUGACUAUACCAAAUCCUUUCUAAUUAAUGGCUAUACAUCGAUGGACCUUGUGAAAAAAAUCUGGGAGAUUGAAUUAAUUAAUGUCUUAAAAAUUAGCUUGAUUGGCCACCGGAAGCGCGUUCUGGCAUCUUUGGGAGACAGGCUUCACGAAGAUCCUCCUCAGAAACCACCUCGGUCAAUAACCCUCAGGGAACCCAGUGGUAACCACACUCCUCCUCAGUUGUCUCCAUCACUUAGCCAAAGCACUUUCACUACUGGUGGCUCCCUGGACGUUCCCCACAUUAUCAUGCAGGGCGAUGCAAGGAGAAGAAGAAAUGAAAACUAUUUUGAUGAUAUUCCCCGGUCGAAGCUGGAGAGGCAGAUGGCACAGCAGUCCUCUGUCUGUGAGAUCUGGACCAACCAGAAUGCAGGAUAUCCUUUCUCAUCGAUUCAUCAGGUUCAUAAUACAGGAGACUGGGGAGAGCCUUCAAUUACUUUGCGACCUCCAAAUGAAGCCACAGCAUCAACACCUGUACAAUAUUGGCAACAUCAUCCAGAGAAACUCAUCUUCCAGUCGUGUGAUUAUAAAGCAUUUUAUUUAGGUUCUAUGCUGGUAAAAGAGUUAAGAGGCACAGAGUCAACACAGGAUGCCUGUGCAAAGAUGAGGUCUACAGAACAAAUGAAGAAAGUACCAACCAUUGUCCUAUCUGUCUCUUACAAGGGAGUCAAAUUUAUUGAUGCAACGAAUAAGGUAAUAGCCUGCAACUCUCCCAGGAGCGUUGUUAUCAUCCUUGUCCACAGUGUGCUGUACCCAAUUCCUUCAAGACCCAAAACAGAUUAGCACUAAGGUGAGAUCCUAUUCAGACUUGUACCGCUUCCAUAUGAGCUUAUAGUUGACAGCGCUGGGCAUCAAUUAGCAAUAAAUGCAUAUUUUUUUAAUGACAAAAGUAGCUAGCAGUUAUGUGCUUGAAAACUCAGCUCUCAUGGCUGUUCAUCCUUUUCCUUUAUUACCACCAAGCUAAGAAUUUGUAUUCCAAGUCGUGGCAGACGAAGUUUCAGGUGACAGAGAGGCCCUGGCCUCGUUCCAUGACAGCUAUUCCAGUGGCGCCUUGAAGCUUGGAAUGACACCACUUUGACAUGACACCAUUCCUUUGCAAGUGAGGCCAGAAAGAAAUUGCUGCUUAGGAAAAAGCAGACGUGCAGAAUUUUCUGGUGGGUCACAGCUAACCCUAACUUCUGGAUGAUUUCUACCAGGAGAAGGGGAUUGUCUGGCAGGAGGUAGGCAAGCAAAAGGAAGGCCGCUUAGCAAAAAUCUUAUCUCUCUGAGGUAUUUCCUUGGCAGAACCAGAACAGACUUUCAGCUUCCUUGCUUUUUUGGAAGCAACGAAGGUUUCUCUUGACAAACCGAGGACAAAUUUUCGGACAACUGUGCAGUGUUAGUCAAUGCCUGCAGAGCGUACCCAGAAUGGUGAGCUGGUUCAUAGCCUUGUAGUUUCCAGCAAAUAAGGCUAUGGGUCUGCUGGAGUAGUGACUCUGGGAAACAAUAAAUGCAUGCACUGAAAAUAUGUUUAAUUUUGAAAAGCAAUUACAGAGCACAGAAGCUAGGGAAAAGCUCAAUUUCACUACUAAUUUUCAUGCAGAAGAUUUAGUUUAGGUAUAUCUCAUUUGAUUCAAAACAAGCUUGGUAUAGCUUUGUUUCCAAACUUCGCUUGAUUUAAAGUUAAAACAUCAAAAUAAUCUACAUGAGUUUUGACUUAAGUGAAAGCCCCAUGUCAGCCCCAGGUCACCUCAGAAAAGUUUCAGCCCAGCAGAGCUCUUUUCACAUACACUGCUUAAAUUCAGGUGGUUACUUUGUGGCUCAUGAUUUGGCAUACAUACUUCACAUGAUUUUAAGACCUUCCAAGAUUUAAUCCUUUCUGCUUUCUAAACUACAACAUUACCAAUACAACAUCAAUGACAGUAUAUUACAGCUGUAUCUGUGGAUAUCUAAAUCCCUGGUUUUGGUAUAAUUGUAAUUCUCAUAAAAAUCUUUGUUGAGGGUAAAAGUUAUCAAUUUGAGAACAAAGAAAAUAAAACGCUUAAAGUAACUUAAAAAGCCAAUGAUUGUUAGGCAGAGAUUAUAUGUGUCAUUAUAAAUUGGCAUAUAUUGAAACAUAAGUACUGGUUUUGUAAUUUUUAUGAAUAAUGCAUUAAACAGAAAUAAUCAAGUAUGUUGCAACAAUUUAAGAGGAUUAUUUCAUUUCUUCAGUAACAAUUUUCUUAUCUCGUUUUUUUCCAUAACUUGAAAUUUUGAAUGCGUUCUGUUAAGAUUUUUCCUAAGCCAUGUUUUCUUCAAUUAGAGUAUUAAUAUGUCUUUUUGAAAACUUGACACCUACAUGCAAGGGGGGAAGUUGCCACUUAGCGAAUGGAAGAAGUUAUGGCAAAGCAUCUCAAGCAACUUAGUUGCAUCUUUUUCCUGUUCUUUAAAAUAACAAGAGGGGGAGGAGAAGAGGUGGGAAGGAAAAGAAAGGGGUUAGGGGAAACCAGAGAUUGUUUUAACUUGGGCAGAUGCCACUGAAGCAGCAGCAAACGGUGGCUCCAGGAGGGACGAGGACACAACAGAUGUCCCAUGUUCUGCAGUGCAGUAGUGUUGUCGUGCUGCAGCAGGCUUGUUCGCUUUGGGCUUCUGUGGGGAAGCCAGAGCUACAGCCAGCAGGGCCACAAUUCAGAAAAGCCUAUAAGCUAACGACUAAGUAAAUUCAUAUUCAAUGAAUCAUUCCUCUGUUUAAAUAAAUCAUUUGAAAGGCGUGUGUUGCUGAAGCAAGGCCUAAUCAUAAGCCACUCUGCAGUAUCUUCUUCUCUGGCUUCAUGGUUCCUUUGGCCUGAACACAAUAAUUACAUAUCAGCAAUUUAUGUAAUGAAUAUUCAUAAUUUUCUCCAAAGCUUUAAGACAGCUUUUUUUUAUUUCAUCAGACAGACAUGCCCCACCUCUAUCUCAAUAGUAUGCUAUAGCUUACAUUGGCUGUUGCAAGUAGUGUUGCUCGGUGCAUGAAUGGUUUAAUUUUUCUACAUCUCUCUUACAGGAUGCUGUUUGUCAGUAAGUGGAGAAAAACUGCCAGAUCCUCCUCUAGUUAUCUUUUUACUAAAGAGAAGCCUUAAAAGAGCUCGUGGUUUCAAUUAUAUGCCAUGUUUGGUGCCUUUUUCUCCUGGAAAUGUAUAGCUGAAAUUUGUCAGACAACAUGUGAAAAAAACUGGAUGUUGAGCCUGUUGGGUUUAAUCAGAUCCUGUCUGUCAGUAGACUGUAACAGUGUCAUGUAGUGAUCAUUAUAGAGAAAACCAGCAGCAUCAUGAGA